GUAAAGUUGGCUCACUUAUCAACGCACGAUAAUUGUAACGAGGGGAUGUGUUUUAGGCUUGUAGCUGCAUAUUGAUAUCUCGUCUCGACUCAGAGACUCUGUGUGUUGUAAGGUUCCAUUGAAAUUUUUUUCGAAAAUGGCAGAAGUAGGUGAGAUUCACCCAGCAUCUAUCCGAAGUCUGGACGAUUUCCUGCUCGAAUCAGCAAGGUUUCAAAUACCAAAUUUUAAAGAUAUUGAAAAAUGGAACAAUCGUGUGUAUCAAAAUUUGCUCUACUAUCAGACAAAUUACUUCUUGACUUAUUUAGUUGUGUUUCUACUAGUGAGCUUGUUGCACCCUACCAAGAUGCUGUGUGGAACCAUGGCUGUGGCAGUGGCAGGAGGCCUCUUCUAUCUGCUCACCAAAAAUCAAGAGUCUGCUCAUAGCUUCAAGAAAAACCAUCCUCUGAUCUUUGUGGCCUCCUUGUUUGGUGUCGCUGGAAUGGUCGUCUAUCUCAUGGGUAGCAUUGCUACAUUUCUACUUGGCAUACUUCUACCUAUUCUUGUUAUCUUCGUGCAUGCUUCAAUGAGGUUGCGCAACCUGCGGAACAAGGUUCUGAACAAGCUUGAGUGGACGGGUUUGCGCCGGUCACCAAUGGGAGUGCUGCUUGAGACCAUUGGCUGGGAACAGGAGAUCAACAUGGAAGUCAAAAGAUCGAUGGAAGAGCGCGCCAGGGACCUGUGGUCCAAGUGACUAGGAGUGUGGCUGGACAUGUUGCGGUCACUGCAGGACAUCGUCUUCGUCGCACUCAGUACCAGUCCUCGCAAAACACAAGACGAUAACAAACAAACUCUCAUCUUCAGACCGUCCAAGACUUCACAGAAAACCGACAUUUCUAACUACAAACCGGUCACCCCAUACUCUUCGGCCUCACAGAAAACCGACA